AAACAAGCCUUUGAGCAGCUAGAACUUGUGACCAGGUGACGACUAGUUUCCUCUACAUAAUUCAUCAGUUUGUUCAAUCAAGCUUUAGGUUCAAGAGAGGUCACAUUAAAGUUCCCCACAACUCCCUGGGAGUGCAACAGGCACCCAAGCAUAGUUUGGGAGCUCUCGCAGCUAUUUUUAAGCCUGGCAACAGCACAAUGUUUAGCUGCAACCCGACGCUGUGUGCCUAGUCACUCUGCAUUUGAGUCGGAGUUGAAGUGCACCUGACUCUACCCGCAAAACAUCAAGCAGGCAUGUCCGCACAAGGGCUUGUGCCCGACCUGGACUCUUGCACGUGCAGAGACUGGAUGAGACACGGACAACAAAAAGAAAAGAUGCCAGACCAGACUCCAGCAGGAGAUGUCGAGGAUGAAUCCGAUGAAUCUGUGGAACCCGAGCUUCCGCCGACAGUCAUACGGAGGAAGGUAUCAUUCGCCGAUGCCUUCGGCCUGGACUUGGUCUCCGUGAAGGAGUUCGACAACAGAGAUUCAUCAGGGCCUGGUGAUUUGGCGAGAUUGCUAGGAGCGGAGGGCAAAGUUUUUGAAGAGUAUUACCUGUCCUGCCCCUUCACCUGCCCAGCUUCUGACCAGGAGCUGCGCAUGAGACUUCAGGAGCAGAAGCUGGAGCUGGAGAGCAUCGAACUGCUCCCCGGAUCCACCACCAUCCGGGGCACCGUCCGCGUUCUUAACCUUUGUUUCCAUAAGGCCGUCUACGUCCACACCACACUGGACGGUUGGCAGAGCCACUUCGACCUGCUGGCGGAGUACGUGCCCGGGUCCAGCGACGGAGAGACGGAUCGUUUUUCUUUCCGGCUCAUGUUGACACCUCCUUUCGGGGCCGAAGGGAUGCGGGUAGAGUUUUGCCUGAGGUACGAAAGCCAGGCCGGGACCUUUUGGGCCAACAACAGAGGGACGAACUACAUUGUGUUUUGCCAUCAAAGAUGGAGAGCUGAAAUGAAAGACAAAGAGAACGAGAAAGAAAGAGAAAGGGAGAAGUUAAUAGAGGAGAAUAACAACAGAGGCAUCAGGAGCUGUCUAAAAACAAACAGUAAAGUCAUCUGCACAGAGACGACACCCACAGAGAUGGGUAGAGAGAUCUCAGAACAAGUCACCUCGUGGACCACGCGUACCGGGGAGAGCAAGGCUGAGAAAAUAACACAAAUGACUUCCCCCAAAUCCCUUAAGGACUGUUGCACACCUCUGGUGGAUCGCCGCAGGAAACGCAGAACUGCGCGUUUGGCCCACAAGCAGGACUGUUUCUCUCAAAAACAGAUGGAACCUAAACUAGUCGAUUUUUCUCACACAAUUGAAGGUACUAGAGAUUGGUCCACUCCAAAGCUGAGUAUACCUAACAUAGAAGAUGUACCGAUUGUCCAAAGCAGACACGAUAUGGACACGCCGCCAAUACUAACGUUCCACCAGAUCCCUUUGCUUUCUUUGGACUGGGUUGAUAAAACGACAUCACCUGCCUAUGCAAAACCUCAUGAUGUCUGCGAUGAAAUAAACACAGAGAACCGUCAAGAUGAAGAUCACACCACAUCGGCUUGUCAGGCCUGGGAGGCUUUUCUGGGCAGUGAUGAUACAAAACACGCUUACAGAGAUACGCAGGACCAAGACAGCAUUCUUUGCUUGGAUGGAGAGACGCAACAAUCCUUGACCACUUGUAAAAGAUCUGUUGAGUCAAGUGCCUGGGAAAUACUACAAUCUUCCCCUACUGAGACAUCAAGGGACUGGGGCGUUGGUCCUUUUAAAGAUUACCAACAUUGGGAAGAGCCGAGGUCCACAACAAGUGCUUCUUGUGAAUCAGAGCCAGAGAAGGAGGUGGUUUGGUUUGACCACCAAACCCAUAAAUACAUGAGCAGCGCCGUCACCCUGCCAGAGGAGGAAGCUCAAAGCGCACAUGACCUCAAGACUCCCAAAGGCGUAGAUGGAAUCUCACCUGAGGUAUUCAUGGGCCAUCCUGACACCUCAAACACGCCAGCAAAGGUUAAAGAAAACACACGCAGCUCGGUCAACGACACCCUGACAUUUACGAAGAUCAGAGACGAGCCGUUCACAGAUAGGCAGACAGAGAGGCUUUUUGAAAAGCAGGAUCUAAAUAAAGCCAGCAAGCUUGAUAGCGGUGAGCAGGUGGAUAGUGAGUUUUAUACAGGGCUACGAGGAGAAGAAAUGGAAAGCGUUCAAAAAGAAACACAGAAUUGCUCAUGGUGUGAAAGUCAGAGCAAUUUACGUACGCUGAAAACAAAUGUUAACAAUCCAGAGCCACAAAAAGAUGAAGAGAGGCGUUUUGAGCUCAUACGUGAAACACAGGGCAUGGACGUUGAAGAUGAACUCCCCACAUUACCCAUAAUUCAGCUGUCCUGUGUGGGCAGUGCAUCCAGCAUGGGCAGCAACAGCAGCAGCAGCAGGUUAUUGUCAUGGUGGAGGGACUUCUGGUCUCUGGGUCAUGUGACCAGAGCUCUCGUCUGUUCAGUCGUUCUGUUUGUGAUCUUUGUAACUGCUUAUCUAUGCGAUCUACCGACGUGCUUGGCCCUCUACCUGUUCUCUCUGUGCUGGUGGUGCAGUCAGGGCGUGAAACAACGUCUGGAUUCGGCUAUUGAUGUGGACUGACGCAGACGGGAAGAAGUGAUUCUUCUAAGGGCCCAACGUCACUUUUAAAAUCCAAUUGCACAAUAAAACCCAUACACUU